AUGUAAUCCAAAUUUAAUUAAAAGUGUUUAGAAAACUAUGUUAAUUAGUAGAUUGUACAUUGAUGGACAUCUAAACUUUGUAAUAUAUGCCAAGAACUAUAGUUGCAUCAUUCAUGUAUUUAAUCAUUUCUUUUUAACUUAAUGUAUAUGAUUAAGAUAUGCUUGAAAUAAUGUCAUAAACUUCAAUGUUUCUAUUAAAUAGUAUAAUUAUUUAUUUAUAAUAUAGAGGAUAAUUAAUUUAACAUAAUUUUUGGACAAUUUGUACAAACUACAUUUGGAUUUGCCUUAUAAGAUAUUUUACCAGCCAUCCAAUAUGCAGUUGGUUUCUAUGAACUCAAUAUUAAUUAUGAGACACCUCCUGGAGUUGUAGAUUUAUCAAACACACCUUUAGAAGUAAUGCUUAACAAUAAUCAUAGUCAAACUAUGAAGAGUUUCUUUCAUUUCAAUGUUAUUCUAAAUCAUUACUUGAAUAUAUUAGACACAAAUCAAGAGAUUGA